GGCUGCAACAUCGCAACCAGCCACACUUUUCUUUCCUCCCGCACGUUAAAGGCAUCGUUCGGGGACCCAGCUGAGCCUCUAGCGCCUGGAUUAUUGCAGCUAUCUUGAAGAAACCCCCGCGGAGAGACGCACGGUUUGGUGAGGGGAAGAGGAUGUUUAAGGAUUGAGUCGAGCUUCUGCUGCAAGUCUUCUUCUGCAGAAUAACACCUGAAACAGCCUAUGUGUGAAUAUUAACUAGGCGUGUGGAGGGUUCAAAAAAGAGAUGCAGCAAAGCGCAAAUAUCACACAGAGAAGUGCGGGGAAAACUGGGCUCUUUUAGCCCGCAAGGACAUCGUGCGUCAGGCUGCAUGAAGUGACUGCCUGGAAAAUAGACAUUUCAAGCCUGGAAAUUCUUUCACGCAGCAUGCACAGAUCACACAAUGCACAUAAACAUCAGAUUUCUAUGUAUUUUUCUUAUAAGUGAGUGUGUCGUUUGAUCGUUUUCAUCAUUUGUGGAAAGACAGGAAGGCAGAGUGUCCAGCGUCACCCCCAGGCUCAUCUCUUUUCUUCUCGCGGUGAGGGACGGAUGCAGUGCGGCCGCGGCAUGCUGAAGGGCCGCUGCUGCUGUGUGCUCUUCCGGGACCUGCAGGUGCUGCUGCUCAGGGACAUGAGCGGACACCGAGACAGCGAGGCUCCCUGCACCCAGCCCCGGUCCGCAGAGGACUCAGUGCUGGACACGGCGGUGGCAGAACUCUCCAAAGAUAAACGGGAUGAGCGCUUCUCAUUUAUCAGCUAUGCCGAGGGCACGCCGGUGUGCAGGAUCUGUUUCCAAGGGCCCGAGCAGGGGGAGUUGCUGAGUCCAUGUCGCUGUAGUGGCUCUGUCCGCAGCACUCACCAGCCCUGUCUAAUUAAGUGGAUCAGUGAGAGAGGCUCCUGGACAUGCGAGCUUUGCUACUAUAAGUACCAGGUCAUAGCCAUAAGCACAAAAAAUCCCUUACAGUGGCAGGCCAUCUCGCUGACGGUAAUAGAGAAAGUUCAAAUUGCAGCAGCCAUCCUGGGCUCACUGUUUCUAAUCGCUAGCAUAUCAUGGUUGGUGUGGUCUUCACUCAGUCCUUCAGCGAAGUGGCAGCGCCAGGACCUGCUCUUUCAGAUCUGCUACGGCAUGUACGGCUUCAUGGAUGUGGUGUGUAUCGCUCUGAUUGUCCACGAAGGCCCUUCCGUCUUCCGCAUAUUCAAUCGUUGGCAGGCGGUAAACCAAAAGUGGAAAGUUCUGAACUAUGACAAAAAGAGGGACAGCGAAGAACUAAAGGCCAACGAAGGCGAGUGGACUCUCUCUCUGCUCCAUCAGCAGGAGCAGGCGGGUGCCGAUAUAUCACCGUCAACCUCCUCAUUAAUGGCUGCUGCGACAGCUCCUGAUACACCAAACACCACAGCAGCAGCUCUUACUGCAGAGGACUCUUCACACAACCACAGCAAUGAUACUACAGGGACUGACCAUCACUGUCCUUAUAGCUUUUUUCAUCUUUUCAGUCACCGUAGGCCACAUGAGCUACGCAGCCAGUCUGGAAACACCAGCAACACCAGUAACACCAGCAGCCAUCCGCCCAGAGAACUGGUCAUGAGAGUAACCACUGUGUGAGCAAAAAGAAUGACAUGCCUUAUCAUCAUGAACUUGGAAUGUCAAAAAGCACAACGAGUGAAUGUCUGAUUGGAAGAAAAGCACAAUUUCUAGUUUGGUGUAUAAGAUGAAAUCUGGAUUAUGUAUAACAAUUGGCAACUGUACUGACAAUUUGCUGCAAAAUUGCAGAUAGAAAAAAAACAAGUUUAUCUGUACCUUUACAAUACAGCUUUGUCUCUGAGGCAACCUGUCACACAUUUACCUUCAUGUUUAAUUCAUUUAUCUGUAGAUGUGACCACAUCUGUCCAUCCACACCGUCUCAGUCAGACAGUCCAGGCAGGUGGAGAAGCCAAUGAAACGCUGAGAAAGCAGGUCUCAUGUCUCUUCUGUCAACAUUCUGUAUUAAACAACUGUACAGUCUGAACGUUUACAGUCAGAAACGAUUUAUCUCACAGGAAAACUGUUCUCAAGUGUUUUUUUUUUUCCCGAAGUCACUGUAAAACUGAAAUUUUUUAA